AUGCGGGAGAAUCAGUAUAAGGAUAUGAUUGGGCCGGAGAUUUUGGAUCGGUGGUCAUGCUUGUAUUUGGGUGGGAAGGGGAAGGAAGGCGACGCGUGGAGUGAGCCUGGCCGGGCACCGAUUGAAUGGUGGAGGGGUGCGAAGGUGAAGGAGGUGUUGAUUUUGGCUGGGAAGGAUGAAAUCCUGUUUGAUUCAAUUGAUACGUUUGUGAAGAAGUUUCAGUCGGUUGUACCGAACACGACAUAUCUUGUAGGGCAUGGGGAGACUCAUGUUGCCCCGGUUUACAGCGCUGGUUUUAUUGGAAAGGAGACACAGCAGGGGAACGGAUUAAAGGAGUGGUUGCGGUCUCAUCUCUAG